UUCAACCUGGAGAAACACGAGGACACUGGCACGGCGGAGAAACCAUGGAAAUGUAGCGACUGUGGGAAGGGCUUCAGAUCCCCGUCCGUGCUGGAAAUUCAUCGACGCAGUCACACUGGGGAGAGACCGUUCACCUGCUCCGUAUGUGGGAAGGGAUUCACUCAGUCAUCCAGCUUACAAAAACACCAGAGAACUCACACUGGGGAGAAACCAUUCACCUGCUCCGAGUGUGGGAAGGGAUUCAGUCAACUAACCGACCUCACGUCACACCAUCUUAUUCAUUCUGACAUGAGACCUUUUAAAUGUGCUGACUGUGAGAAGAGCUUUAAAAGCAAAAAGGUUUUGCUGAUGCACCAACAAAUUCACACUGAGGAGAGGCCGUUCACCUGCUCCGUGUGUAGGAAGGGAUUCACUCAGUCAUCCAGCCUCCUGAAACACCAGAGAAAUCACACUGGGGAGAGACCAUUCACCUGCUCUGAGUGUGGGAAAGGAUUCACCAUUUCAGCCCACCUGCUGAGACACCAGCGAGUUCACUCUGACCUGAGACCUUUUAAAUGUUCGGACUGUGAGAAGAGCUUUAAAGGCAAAUUAGAUCUGCAGAUUCACCAGCGCACUCACACUGGAGAGAGGCCAUUCACCUGCUCCAUCUGUGGGAAGGGAUUCACUCAGUCAUCUACCCUGCUGAAUCACCAGCGAGUUCACACUGGGGAGAGGCCAUUCACCUGUUCCGUGUGUAUAAUGGCCAGAGGCAGUUUUCUGAAAAAGCUCAGAGGCAAAAAUACAAGCAUCUCCAAGAGAUUUACUAGUUUCAUGUACAUCAUGUACACAUUCAUUAGAACGUACACUGAUGCCAGAUUUGUUCUUUGA